AACCCUCAGACCAUCGCAUCGCCUUGCGAAAAUCUCCGAACUGGACUCCCAUCUCCGGCGAGUGAAACGAUCGAGGAGGAGGAGGAAGAAGCGACGAUGAUGAUGAUGACGAUGGCCGCCGGCGGCGGCGACCACCACGCCCGCUCCACCCCGACCGUCCAGAUCCCCCCCGUGUGGGACCCGCUCGACGACCCGGCCACCGGCGGCUGCGGCGGGCCGUACUCACCGUACUCCCCGUACUCCCCGUACUCCGGCGGCGGCAAUGCCGGCGGGGCCGCGGGAGGAGGGGAGUGCUGCAACGACCUGACGGCGUUACGGCGGUUCCUGCCGUCGAACCACCACCAGGACGAGGAGGACGAGGAGGACGGGCGGGCGCCCGGGGAGGACGGCGUGCUGGGCUGCGACGAGUUCCGGAUGUACGAGUUCAAGGUGAGGAAGUGCGCGCGCGGGAGGUCGCACGACUGGACAGAGUGCCCGUACGCGCACCCCGGCGAGAAGGCGCGACGCAGGGACCCGCGCCGGUUCUUCUACUCCGGCACUGCAUGUCCUGAUUUCCGCAAAGGCGCGUGCAAGAAGGGUGACGCGUGCGAGUUCGCUCACGGCGUGUUCGAGUGCUGGCUCCACCCGGAGCGAUACCGGACGCAGGCGUGCAAGGACGGGCAAAGCUGCCGCCGCCGCGUCUGCUUCUUCGCCCACUCCCCCGACCAGCUCCGGGUCCUCCCCGCCCAGCAGCAGCAGCAGCAGCAGCAGCAGCAGCAGCAGCAGCAGCACAGCCCCAAGAGCGCCACCGACUCCGAGUUCGGGUCCCCGGUCCGCCCCUCCGCUGCCGCGGCGGCGGCCUUCGACUCCUACUUCACCAAGCCGUGGUCGGCCUCCUUCAUAUCCUCGCCCACCUCGAUCCUGACCACCUCGUCGCCCCCGAUCUCGCCCCCGACCAACUCGCCCCCGAUGUCCCCGAACCAACGCGGCGGCUGCUGUGGGUCGCCCGGAUCGGUGAGCGAGCUGGUGGCCUGCAUGAGGAAUAUGCAGAUCGCCAAGAUGAAGAUGAGCCCCCGCGGGCAGAUGGGGGGGUCUCUCUUCGGGUCCCCGCUCCGACCCGGGUGCCACCUUGCGGCGCCGGUGACUCCCAGGGCCGAGUCUUCACCGCGGUACGGGCAGCUCGGCGGUGGAGGCGGGCUCUUUGAUCUGUGGGAGUCUCACCGUCGCUGCGAGGAGGAGCCUUCCAUGGAAAGGGUCGAGUCCGGGAGAGAUUUGAGGGCUAAGAUGUACGCCAAGCUCAGCAAGGAGAAUUCCCUCGAUGGCGCCGACCUUGUCGGGACCGGAGCUAGUCCCGACGUGGGGUGGGUCUUUGAGCUGGUCAUGUGAAGGCCGAAGAAGCACCUUCGAGUCCUCCCCGAGUCGACUUGGAGCUCGAAUUUUGUUUGGGUCGAAACAAGUGAUUUUUUGGGGGCUGGUGGGCGGUGUUCAGCAAUCGGGUGGCCUGUUGAUUAAUCUCUGACUCGGAUGUGUGAAUAUAUCUCGUGUUCAUUUCCGUUGAUGAUGAUGAUUACCUUCCUUCUUCUCAAGGUGUAAAUAUUGGCUAGCGGGAGAGAGAUUUCAAGUCUCUGUUUUGUGGUCCGAUGACUUUCCAGUUACCUCUCUUUGUAAAUGAAGUUUCAGUAAGCAUUCUUAAAAUAUUCGCAAUGCAAUUGCAGAUUUCUGUAUAGGAAGAAACUAGAACGUGGAAGUUCGAUCUCUGGGGUUUUGGCUUUUUUGGGGCUUGCAUUGUUGAUUAUCGUUUUUUGGUCAAGUCCUUGAAAUCUCUGUUUCGUAUCAUUUUCUCGGAUUAUAAAUGCUAAUUUCCCUUUCAUGA